AGAUACGUUAAAGGGGACCUUUAAUCAAAAAUUUUUGUUUGGUUAAAAUAUUUAUCUGAUCAUUGAAAACCUGGUCCCAGAAAAAUCAUGCUUGUAGGAUAUGUGGUUUAGCUGAAAAUAAUUAAAUGUCAAAUCCCCAGUGCAAGUAACCUGAGCUCGGCAGUUUCCGCGGCUAUCAGCUGUGUGACGUAAAGAAUGUGAACAGAUGCAGGGACAGCUUCUCUGUGUUGCAUGUAAAUAAACAUGUCCUCUGAUACCAACAGUGAAACAAAGAGGGGUAAAAGGUGUGUGGCGGGUGGGUGUUCAAGUACACAUUUAGAUGGAGUGUCCCUGCACUAUUUUCCAUUUAAAAAGGAACCACAUCUUGUACCAAAGUGGACUGCCUUUGUUAGACUCAAGAGAAAAUGGCCUGAGGGGCCCACUAGAUAUUCCAGCUUGUGUGAAUUACAUUUUGACGACUCUUGUUAUCCAUUUGAGUACCAAUUCAAAAAAUCACAGGGUAUCCCUGUUAAGCACAAAGUCUUAAAUCCUGGGUCAGUCCCAACUAUACACCACCCUAGUGUUUCAGAAAAGGGGACAAAACGUGAUUUGAGCUCUGUUGAAGAGGAGGAUAAAUCCAAGGAUGGACAGAAAAAAAGAGAGAAAACGGUUAAGGGGGCAUUUGUAAAACGAGAAAUUUUCGAAUCAUUGCAGAGCAAACAGAAUUUCAGAAUAAAUCAAUGACAUUCCAUCUAAAGCAACCAAAUUGGAUUUAUCUUGCACAAUAUGCCUGGCAUUGAAAACACAGGAGGUUCAGAGGAAAUAUCAAAUCUGAACGAAUCCUCCUGUCAAACACACAGGUCAUGGAAUAGAAGAAGUAAAUCUAUCCAAACCAAACCAAAAACACCAACCAUAGGAACUCAAAUAAACAUGUACCCAGCUAGAAGAAGUGUUGGUAUACAGUGCAACAUAAAAGAGAAUGAAGGACCUAUGAAAAAAGAAUUCCUUAGAUGUGAGGAUGACCUACCACCAGAAUCCCCCGAAUAUGAUUUUAUCUGUCAAAUUAUUGAUUACUUUAAUGAAAUAACUGCAACUUUAAUACAAUUAAAUUAAAAAAGUAAUACUAUUCUUCACCAAUCUGUGUUAUUUGUUCUGUCUGCAUCAUCAAUUUCUGCAUUGUCCGGUACAUCUUCAUCAGAAAUUGCGUACGGCUCAUAUUGGUAUGGUAGUAUACCAAGGUCAGUGUUUUCUGGCCCAAUAGUAGCACAAUCUGUUUCUGCAUGGUCAGAAGAAUCUUCACUAAGGUCUUCUUCAUUAGUUAAAUCUUCCUCAACAUCCAAAUCAUACCAAAUAUCAUUUUCUUCUAAUAUUUCAAUUUCUUCUGUUUGUGAAGCCAUGAUGCUAAUUUUAAAGUACAAGACUCUCGUGGACACAUUUGUGACGUAGCAUAUUCCACAGCUGAUAAGAGAGCUUUUGCUGCUGUAACGCUCGUGUGUUUCCGUGAGAAGGCAGAAAAUGUCAAAUUUAAUUGCUUUUAUCUGCUAAAUCAUUGCAGAUAAAGAGGUGCAGAUUUUUCAUGUGAUUUUAGGUACAUCAAUUC